GUCGAACCCUCUAUGUGAAGCCACAGGUUUAGUGCAAAUUGUAAUAAGUUGUUCAGAGAGACUCUUGACUGAAACAAAUUGUGAAGCAGAUUCGAUUUUAAAAUCAAAAUUUGAGUGUCGAGCGGGAAAGUAAAAGUUCCGCUCCAAUCUUCUAAUCUUUUCGUAUCUAGCGGGAAAUUUCUCAGCAGGUGACUUUCAUAAUCGCAGUUUUCGUCGAUUCUCUUUUCCGAUUUUACGAUUCCUCUCUCUCUCUCAUGGUGCGAUUUCUCCAGCAGUAAAAAUCAAUGGCGAGAACCAAGCAUCGCGUUACCAGGUCACAACCUCGGAAUCAAACUGAUGCCGCCGGUGCUUCAUCUUCUCAGGCGGCAGGUCCAACUACGACCCCGACAAGGAGAGGCGGUGAAGGUGGAGAUAAUACUCAACAAACAAAUCCUACAACUUCACCAGCUACUGGUACAAGGAGAGGGGCUAAGAGAUCCAGACAGGCUAUGCCACGAGGCUCACAGAAGAAGUCUUAUCGAUACAGGCCAGGAACCGUUGCUCUAAAAGAGAUUCGCCAUUUCCAGAAGCAGACAAACCUUCUUAUUCCGGCUGCCAGUUUCAUAAGAGAAGUGAGAAGUAUAACCCAUAUGUUGGCCCCUCCCCAAAUCAAUCGUUGGACAGCUGAAGCUCUUGUUGCUCUUCAAGAGGCGGCAGAAGAUUACUUGGUUGGUUUGUUCUCAGAUUCAAUGCUCUGUGCUAUCCAUGCAAGACGUGUUACUCUAAUGAGAAAAGACUUUGAACUUGCACGCCGGCUUGGAGGAAAAGGCAGACCAUGGUGAUAGAAAACUCACUCACUAUUCACAUCUCUUACAUUGUAAGUGAGGAUCGAAUAGUUAACAACAAGUGUGUCGUAGGUUGUAUAAGGUUAUUCUCUCCUUGUCUCUUGGUGAUGCAUGUCCUUUUAUUUUACUAAAUGAUCUGACCAAAACCUUCUUUUGAAACAUAACUGGAAACCCGAAUUUGGUUUGAUUCCAAUAUCUAGGCUGUAAAACUUCUUUCUCUAUGUGUGUUUCUAUCUGCUUUUCGUUGGAUCUGAUUGUUUUCCAUUGAGAUUCCACUUGACAAAAACGUUUCUUUCGUUAAGUUCUAACUUCCAAAGGUUCAUGUAUAUAUAAUUUGAAGCCUCAGUUAGAAAGGGUUGUGAUUGAAAGAAGAAAAAAAAAGUAAGAGGAAGAUUUGAAAGAACAUGUGUUUUGGGAGGGCUUUAGUAGAAAUAUCUCUCAGACGAGUGACGAGUGGAUUCCCAAUUACAACUUGUCAAGGCAUAUUAAAAAGGUUGAGAUAUCCUUAGCACUUCAAAUUUAAAUAAUUCAUAUUGAUUUUUAGUGAUAAUUCGCAUAAAACAUUUGUGAUAUCAUAGUGUUGUCACUAAAAAAAACACUAUAAAUUUUCGAAAAGCUCGAAUUUCGAAUUUGGUGAUA